CGUGUCCUGCCGUGACGUCAUUAUGGAGGAAGUGCGCUGCUUGUUGUCGGUGGUUGCGGGUUCGGGACCGUUCGUGACGCUGCGGGACCAGAACUCCGGAACCGCACGAACUAUGGACCGGAAGCAGAUGCAGAUGUUCUUUUGUUGCUCGCCUGUUCUGAGACCAUGAGCGGCUCCAACCUGCCGACAGGAACUAUCUGUGGCUCCACACUGGAUGGCGCCAACGGGCUGUGUGAUUCUGGUCGUGUUUCAUGUGUCCCGUCGUCUCGGGUUCUUCACCUUCGGCGGCUGCCCGCUGACGUCUGUGAACAAGAAGUGCUCUCUCUGGCGCUCCCUUUUGGCCGAGUUAGUAACCUGAUAACGCUGAAGGCCAAGAAGCAGGCGUUUUUAGAAAUGGCAUCAGAGGAAGCUGCUGUUACUAUGGUAAACUACUACACCUCAGUCACACCCAGUAUCAGGAAUCAGCCAAUCUUCAUCCAGUUCUCCAACCAUCAAGAGUUGAAGACUGACAGCUUUCCCAAUCAGAGAGUGCAUGCAGUGCUGCAGGCCAUCAGUGCAUCAGAGGUGCAUCCUGGGAACAUGCUGACAGGAGGCGAGGGGCGGAGCUUAGCUCUGGGUCAAAGUCCUGUCCUACGAAUCAUUGUUGAGAAUUUGUUUUAUCCUGUCACGCUGGAAGUGCUGCAGCAGAUCUUCAGUAAAUUCGGGUCAGUCUUGAAGAUCAUCACCUUCACGAGGAACAACCAGUUUCAGGCUCUGCUGCAGUUCAGUGACGCCACACACGCUCAGCACGCCAAGGCGGGUCUGGAUGGACAGAACAUCUACAAUGGCUGCUGCACGCUGCGCAUUGACUGCUCCAAACUCAGCACGCUCAAUGUCAAGUACAACAACGACAAGAGUCGUGACUUCACCAGAGUCGACCUUCCCACCGGCGAACUGGAACCCGCCUCCACCGCUGCCUUCGGUGUGGCCCUUCCUCCGUACGGUGCCGCAGUUUUCCCACCCACAAUCAGCCAGCACACAGGUAUUUCUGUCCAAGCUGUUCCAGGCUCAUUGGUGCCAACAGGUCGAAUGUCUGUCCAGACUCUGGCACCCCCUGCUGUUCACUCUGUGUUGCUGGUUUCUAACCUGAAUCCAGAGACUGUAUCUCCUCACUGCCUCUUCAUCCUCUUUGGUGUUUACGGCGAUGUACAGCGAGUGAAAAUUCUCUUCAACAAGAAGGAAAAUGCUCUAGUUCAGAUGAGCGAUGCAACACAAGCUCAGCUCGCAAUGAGUCAUCUGAAUGGCCAGUGUCUCCAUGGCAACACGAUCCGGGUGACACUGUCCAAACACCCGAUGGUGCAACUUCCUCGCGGGGGAGUAGGGCAGGAGGAGCAGAUGCUGACACGUGACUUCUCAGGCUCCGCCCUCCACCGCUUCAAAAAGCCUGGUUCUAAAAACUUCAACAACAUCUUCCCUCCGUCUGCGACGCUGCAUCUGUCCAACAUACCCUCCUCUGUCAGUGAAGAUAUGUUGAAGGAUUUAUUCUCCUCCAGUGGAUUCACUGUCAAAGCCUUCAGGUUUUUCCAGAAGGACAGGAAGAUGGCUCUGAUGCAGCUGGCAUCUGUUGAGGAAGCGAUCGAGGCACUGAUUGUUCUGCACGACCACCAGCUGGAUCACAACCAGCACCUCCGGGUCUCCUUUUCGAAGUCUACUAUCUGAUCUCUGACCAGAGACACACAUGUUAUGGACCAGGUGACUUAUGCAGCACUGAAACAUCGUGGGAAAUUCUUGGCGUGCUUUCUCUUGAAGCUCUGGGGCCAUCAGCUUUGUUGUUAUGUCACAUGACCCACAAUGUAUCGGUGGAGAAUGACUUUUGACCCAUCUUCUUCCCCGUGUUGUUUACUCAGUUUUUUUCUUUGUCUGGUUGUCCUGGAAACAGACGGUCCAAUGGAAGAGGCCAGUCAGCAAGGACCACUCCACUACAAACACAACUUUCGCCAUAGCGACCGAGCUUCUGAGCAACAAGUAGCAGUGCAUUGUGGGUAAUGGAGUUGAACUUUACACCAGGCAGAAAGACGUUCAACUUGAUUUUUUUUUUUUUUUUGCAUGUACAAAAUUAGUUUCAACAUUUGUUUGUUGAUUUUAAAGGGUCGUGAUGUUAAAACCUGUAUUUUUAUUAUUUUUUAAUGCUGCAGGUUUCAUAUUAAAGGUCACAUGAUCACAUUCAGCACUCAGGCUGAGUGGAGGACAAAGUUUGAAAAAAUACCAAAAUUAAGAGUCAAAUGAUGCAAUUUGCCCUUCUGGUUCAGGAGUUGGACCAACAACUCUGUGUUCUCUAAGCUGCUAUUCACACAUUUAGGCUACCAAAAGCGGGUCGCAGGCAGAGCUCAUCGUUAACUGGACCACUGGCAUGGCUACUGGGCAGGGCUUAAGACAGAGCAUGGCUUUCAGUUUGGAGAUGGGAAACAUGAUGGUCCUCUGGUCCAUCUGCCUUCCAUCAUGCUGCUGACAGUGAGCAGGCUAACGUUGGCGCACAGACGGUGCUCUGAAGGUCGCCGGUUGUGACUUAACGUUGUCACUGCACUGCGUCUUUGUCUCCUUCACUGCCUCUUUCAGGUUGUUGGUCGACGUCUUACAUGUACUGAUGUCACUUGUUGUAGUCACUUUCAGAGUGAAGCUAAUCUAUUUAUUGAUCCUGAUCAGGAAAGAAUCAGAAUGACCUCACUGGGGGGUGUGUCCUGUGGCUAGACAGUCCAUCACCUGACCUUUGCCCUCCUCGCUAAACCUUCCCUUUGAAUUCUGCGCAGAGCUAGACAAGCAGUAACCACGACGACAGCUUUUGCCUGUGGUGACCAGAAUCAUAUUAUGUCAGUCUUCUGUGUCACGCCCACAAAAAGAGGGCUGUGGCCAGCUCAGCAGGUGAGCUCCCCUUUAUUACAACCCCUUUAAAAUCGCCUCAGCGACACAUCAGCUCUGAUUGGCUGAAAUCUUUUUAAUUCCUACUUUUGUGCCUUACUUGUUGAAACCAGUAGUUUUGUGUUUCUGUGAUUCAGCGUUCUAAGACAUGUUUACGUCGCUGGUAUUAAAAUACAUUGCAUUUAAUCCUGAAUGUAUUUAUAAAUGAACUCACGCUCAGCUCUGAUUGAUUGAGCUUCAGAUGUCCCACACUUUUUUCUAUGGGGGAGGGGGGGGCACAAACAACUGCCUUUUUGACUGUUUGCGCUCCACAACACUAUGCUGCUGACUCCGCCCAUUGCUUUAUGAUGUAAUCACAUUGUCAGUAAUUUUCUAAAUAGUUUGAAUACAGAUUUGGACCAAAACAUCUCAAUCAAGAUGUUCAAGUAAAUUUUCCAUUCGGAUGUCUUUGUGCUCGGUGGCGUGUCCGCUAACGGUUUGAAGUUCAUGUUCAGUGAUGCUGCAGUGGUGAAUGGAUGGAGACGCCUUUGGGUUCCUGAGCAAAACUGAGUGUUCCAGUAGACACAAUUCUGGGAAGCAUCUUUUGUCUUCUGAGGGCAUAGAAAACAAAAGACGCUUCAGAGAAUAUCUGCAAAUGGAAUGCCUUAUUUUAUUUCUAAAAUAAAGACAGUCACCGUGGCUCUGCCUUCCUUACAUCAUCAGAAUGUGGCUUUUAAACUUUAAAGCUGUAAACGUAAACACUUAUGUGGUUUCUGUGGCUGAUUGGUGAAAAAGAGUCAGCAAAUAUAA